AUGAUCACCACCACAGCCUACAAGUGCAAGGAUGGCGCGGCAAGCCCAGUGGCAGGCGGGAGGCCCAGAAAGUGGGCCUUAGUGGGGGCGGCCCCAGCACUGGCCGAGUCUGGGCAGAAAGCAUGUGGUGCCGCGCUGACCUCUUCGCUAGUGAGAACUGGGACUGCCACCUCAAGUGCUUGCUCUUCGCCUUUCCUCAGGACAGGCCAAGCUAGGCCCGAGAGGAGGGGCCGGCUGGGUCCAUCUCCAGGUGGAGACACAGUGAGACUCAGGCCCGGGGCCGCCUCUGAGCGGUGGUGUUCAGGGCGGCCGGCCGGGCUGGGGCCCCAGAGGCCCUGGAGAGAGCAGCAAAGCAGCCCAAGGUGGCUUAUGAGGAAUCACAUGCAAGUUAAAGCCAUGAGUACCACGUGCUGGAAGUUCCAGGCAAUGAGAAAUGAGCUUCAUGAGCUGCACCACGCGGGACGGGUUGCUGGCGGCGCCCGACGGAGCAGAAGGGGAGAGAGCGUGGAGCCGGAGAGGGUUGCCGGUGCAGCCCUCCUUACCUUUGUUCAGACGCACCUCCCAGAGGCUGACCUCAGCGGCUUGGAUGAGGUCAUCUUCUGUGUGCUCGGGGUCCUUGAGGACCUGGGCCCCUCAGGCCCAUCGGAGGAGAAUUUCGAUAUGGAGGCCUUCACUGAGAUGAUGGAGGCCUGUGUGCCUGGCUUCGCCCACAUCCCAAGGGGUACGAUAGGGGAAAUGAUGCAGAAGCUCUCAGGGCAGUUGAGUGGUGCCAGGAACAAAGAGAACCUGCAACCACAGAACUCUGAGGUCCAAGGUCAGGUAUCUAUCUCCCCAGAGCCUCUGCAGCGGUUCAAAGGAGAGACGAUGUCUUCUCCGACUGCUGCUAGGGACACCUAAGAUGAGGCAUCCGGCGCUGAGGAGGAGCUGCUGCCAGGGGUGGUCGUACUUCUGGAGGUGUUCCUUACCUAUGCGGUGGAGCAGGCCCAGUGGGUGUUGGCCGGAGCUCAAGGGGACUUGGAAGAAGCUGUGCAGAUGCUGGUAGAGGGGAAGGAGGAGAGGCCUCCAGCCUGGGAUGGCCCCAACCAGGACCUGCCCAGGCACCUCAGAGGCCCCCAAAAGGAUGAGCUGAAGUCCUUCAUCCUGCAGAAGUACAUGAUGGUGGAUAGUGCAGAGGAUCAGAAGAUUCACCAGCCUGUGGCUCCUAAGGAGGCUCCCAAGAAGCUGAUCCAGUACAUCGACAACCAGGUAGUGAGCACCAAAGUGGAGCGAUUCCAAGAUGUGCGGGACCCUGAGGUUGGGGAAGUGAAGGCCACAUACGUCAACCUCAAGCCAGCCAGAAAGUACCGCUUCCACUGAGGCACUCG